AUGGCCUGCGGGCCUGUACUCUUCAGACCCUCACGUCGUCUAGUCUCUCUUGCUCUACGACGAGCUGCCAGUACCGUUGCCGGCACACCUUACGCUGGUCUGGCUGUAGGCGUUCCUCGUGAAACCUUCCAGAGCGAACGAAGGGUAGCACUCACACCACAAAACGUUCAAGUACUACGGAAGAAAGGGUUUGGCAAAGUCUUGGUUGAGAAAGAUGCUGGUGCAAGUGCUCAGUUCUCCGAUGAACAAUACACUUCUGCAGGCGCCAUAAUUGUGUCGCGAGACGAAGUCUAUAACUCGUCAGACAUCCUUCUCAAAGUUCGACCGCCGCUGGACGGCCAGGAAGUACAAAAUGUCAAGGCUGGGAGCACCCUCAUCUCUUUCUUGUACCCAGUACAGAACAAACCCAUUGUUGACGCGCUUGCCCAGCGAAAAGUCAAUGCCUUCGCUAUGGAUUGGAUUCCUCGCAUAUCCCGUGCUCAGACUUACGACGCGUUGAGCUCUAUGGCGAAUAUUGCCGGAUAUAAGGCUGUCCUCGAGGCAUCGAACAACUUCGCGAGGUACUUGACUGGACAAACAACAGCAGCUGGAAAGAUCCCACCGGCAAAGGUUCUAGUCAUCGGAGCGGGUGUUGCUGGUCUCAGUGCUAUCGUAACUGCCCGCCGUAUGGGUGCCAUCGUGCGCGGGUUUGACACCAGAUCCGCCGCUCGGGAACAAGUUCAAUCACUCGGCGCUGAAUUCCUUGAGGUAUCGAUCAAAGAAGAGGGUGGGGGCGGAGGCGGCUACGCCAAAGUCAUGUCGAAGGAAUUCAUCGCUGCGGAAAUGGCCCUGUUUAUGGAACAAGCCAAAGACGUUGAUAUCAUUAUUACAACCGCUCUUAUACCGGGUCAGCCUGCGCCAAAGUUGAUAACCAGCGAAAUGGUAGCCGCCAUGAAACCAGGUUCAGUGAUCGUCGACCUUGCGGCUGAAGCAGGAGGAAACUGUGAAGCAACCCGCCCAGGAGAACUCUAUAUUCACAACGGUGUCACGGUUAUCGGUUAUACUGACUUGCCGUCGCGUUUACCGACACAAUCAUCAACACUCUACUCCAACAAUGUCACCAAGUUCUUACUCUCGAUCGGGAGUGAUAGCAAGUUCUCAAUAGACCUAGAAGAUGAGGUCGUUCGUGGUUCAAUUGUCGUUCAUGAAGGCAAUGUGCUUCCCCGGGUCGUUCCUCCCCCACCACCAGCACCGCCUGUGACACCCCAGGUUGAAGAAGUUGCUACCGUCGCUUUAACACCGUGGCAAAAGACUUCAAGAGAAGUCGCAGUUGUUACUGGUGGCAUGGGUGGAGUCCUGGCCUUGGGAAAGGCCACCGGCGCUGCAUUUAUGGAUAAUUUCUUCACGUUCGGUCUCGCUGCUCUCGUGGGCUACAGGGUUGUGUGGCAAGUUGCUCCAGCCCUGCAUUCUCCGCUCAUGAGUGUCACAAAUGCAAUCUCUGGAAUGGUCGGUAUUGGUGGCUUGUUCAUCAUGGGCGGCGGGUUUUUACCUGGAACACUCCCUCAUGCGCUCGGCGCUAUUUCAGUGCUUUUAGCAAGUGUAAAUGUCGCUGGCGGUUUCAUUAUCACCAAGCGAAUGCUUGACAUGUUCAAACGUCCUACUGACCCACCUGAAUACUCAUGGCUAUAUGGCGUCCCUGCAGUUGUCUUCACUGGAGGAUUCCUCGCUGCAGCAAGCACAGGUACCGCGGGUCUGGUUCAAGCUGGUUAUCUGGCCAGCAGUGUUCUUUGCAUCGGCUCGUUGUCUGGUUUGUCAUCGCAGGUCACAGCUCGGCAAGGAAAUGCCCUCGGGAUGUUAGGGGUCUGGUCUGGAAUAUUAGCAAGCCUUGCCGCUGUCGGUUUCCCAGCACCUGUUCUCGCGCAAUUCGCUGGAUGUGCAGGAAUAGGCGGGCUUAUCGGCACUAUCGUUGGGCGACGCGUUACUGCAACAGAGCUACCCCAAAUGGUUGCGAUGCUCCACAGUGUCGUCGGCCUUGCUGCCGUGUUCACCUCUAUCGGAAGUAUUCUCGCCGAUCCCUCGCACGCGAGUAUGCUCCAUCUAGUGACCGGAUAUCUUGGCGUCGUAAUUGGUGGGGUCACAUUUACCGGUUCAAUCGUUGCAUUCCUCAAGUUGGCUGGUCGGAUGGCGUCAAAACCUCUGGUGCUCCCAGGGAAGCAUCUAAUCAAUAGCACGUUGCUGGGUCUCAAUGGUUUGACCAUGGCCGGAUUCUUGUCUGCAGCACCUUCGACACCGUUGGUUGCCGCGGCCUUCUUGUCGACGAGCACACUUCUGAGCUUCAUCAAAGGAUAUACUACAACGGCCGCUAUUGGAGGCGCUGACAUGCCCGUGGUAAUAACUGUGUUGAACGCUUAUUCCGGAUUUGCCCUGGUGGCUGAAGGAUUUAUGCUCGACAACCCUCUAUUGACGACGGUGGGCUCCUUGAUCGGAGUCAGUGGCUCCAUUUUGUCCUACAUCAUGUGUGUUGCAAUGAAUCGGUCACUCACCAAUGUGCUGUUCGGAGGGAUAGCUACUGGCGCUCAAGAAACUCGCGAAGUUACGGGGACUAUCACAAAGACAUCAGUUGAUGAUACUGUGGAGGCAUUGCUCAACUCUGACAGCGUUAUCCUCGUCGUUGGCUACGGUAUGGCCGUGGCUAAAGCACAGUAUGCUAUCGCGGACAUCUGUUCUAUGCUACGAGCCAAGGGAAUCACAGUCAGGUUUGCCAUCCAUCCUGUUGCUGGGCGUAUGCCAGUCCCCUAUGAUAUCGUAUUGGAAAUGGACGAAAUCAAUGAUGAUUUCAAGGAGACGGAUCUGACGCUCGUUAUCGGCGCGAACGACACGGUCAAUCCCAUUGCCCUUGAAAAGGGCUCUUCUAUUGCUGGCAUGCCUGUUCUACACGCCUGGAAGAGCAAACAGGUUAUUGUGAUGAAGCGAGGAAUGUCGAGUGGUUAUGCCGAUGUGCCCAACCCCAUGUUCUUCCUCCCCAACACUCGCAUGUUGUUUGGCGACGCGAAGGACACUUGUGAUGCAAUCAAGCGCGGGUUAGAGACGCGGGCUUAA